AUGGCGUCGACGGAGAAGGAGGACGAGGAGCUGACGAUCCCUCGGGCGGCCAUGAAUAAGCUCAUCAAAGAACUCCUGCCAGACAUCCGGGUGGCCAACGACUCCCGCGAGCUCAUCCUCCAGUGCUGCUCCGAAUUCAUUCACUGCAUUACCACCGAAGCCAACACUAUCUGCGAGUCGCAGCAGAAGAAGACCAUGUCUGCGGAGCACGUGUUGAACGCUUUGGACAAACUCGGGUUCAGUCAAUACAAAUCAGAGGCACAAUCGGUGGUCAAUGACUGCAAACGCAAGCGAAGGCGUCAGAGCACACGACUCGAGCACUUGGGUAUCCCCGAAGAGGAGCUCCUGAAGCAACAACAGGCGCUGUUCGCCAAAGCACGCGAAGAACAGGCACUCAUUGAACAACAGGAAUGGAUUCAAAUGCAAAACGCAGCCAUCGCUCAGCAAAAGCAGUUCAGCACUUCCGCCAACGCGUCCAACGAGGACGACGAGUACUGA